GGUCUUCAGACUUGCCCGAAUCAUGCCUCCUCUACGAUCGGCUAGGGCCUCGAAGGCGUGUGUCUCGUGCCGCAAGAACAAAACACGAUGCUAUACGUCCCAAGGUCCCGGUAGCGGUUGUCUUCGGUGCGCGACACUAGCGCAGCCUUGCUCGCUGGAUUCCGAGCCGACGAGCCCUAAUUGCAGGUCGAGCUCGUCAACUCAUUGCCUCCCGGAACAUACUCAGAACACAAGAACCAUCGCUCCUGAGGUCAAUCAGCGGAGUGCGGUCGAUGAGAGAAUCGGCAGACUGGAAAGAACGGUAGAGAGUUUGAUCGACCGUCUCGACGCUAAAAUCGAUGCGCUAGCUAGCCGAUUCAACGACAAACCAUCCCCAAGGGAAGAACAAAAUGCCAUUGAUUAUGAUCCAGCUCCUGUGCUCCUCAUCAGGGAGGCUGCUUUCGACGCUGGCGUACGCUCACCGGAGCAGAAUGAAGUUCGUCCCGAAGCGUAUGUCGACCCAAUAUCUUCCGGGCUGAUUUCAUCUUCUAUCGCCCACUCAUUGGUCGAACUAUUUCAUACCCACUACGGCAGAUGGGUGAAGUUUCCAGAGGAUCUCUCAACGCCGGCCCUUCUCUCACAAAUCAGACGGUCGCCGCUCCUUACGUGCAGUGUCUUGUUAAUCGCAGUCCGACACACCACGCAAGACCUUGCGGACAGACUCGCACCUCAAUUGUUCCGAGAAGCACAACGCCUUGUCACCUCCUCGUUACUCGUGGUCCCACAGACGACGCCAUUCUUCCAGGCGGUCCUGAUCCUGAGCCUAUGGUCGACGACCAUCGGUCAAGUGCCGCUGAGCAUCGACAGCUGGCUUUUGACCGGCUAUGCUUUACAGCAGGCAUUGAUUAGCCCGGACUUUAUGGAAGUUACGCGACCCGACGCAACUCUCCCAGCCGUACAAGGACAUAUCGAUGCAUGGUGUCUUUGGAACCACCUAUGCCUGGCCCACUUGCAAUACUGUGUAGGCACCCGCCGCCAGGCUCUCCUGACCGACGUCGAUAUCGAACGCUGCGCACGGUUUAUUCAAACGGCCAGCAUCACCAACUACGAAGCCAGAAUGAUCGCCGAGGUCAAGCUCUACUGGAUCAUCUACCGCAGGUGUUGUGGGUCGCAACCGGAUCUCGAGACCGUGAAACGUGCUCUAGCAACCUGGCAGCAAGAGUUUCUCGCACUGUUUACGCAACCUCGCUCCCAGUUUCUGCGCAUGGGCUUUCAUUUCGCCCACCUUCUCGCCUACAGCAACUGCCUGAAAUCGGCCUCUCUAAAGGCAUCCGCCACCAUGACCACCACAACCAGCAGCAGCAGCAGCGCAUCCCUUGUCGCCGGAAUGCUGCCCCACGCAAAGAACAUCAUCAACCUCGCCAUCGACACCACAGACGACCGAACCCGCCAUCUGACGGAUCAAAUCUACCACCUCGUCACGUUCGCGGCGCUCACACUCUGUCGCCUCGUGCACACCUACGAGUCGAACCUGGGCGCCACGGGCCACGAUCUGGACGCUCUGGACGGUCUGGUGGUGAACCUUGUCGACUGGCUGCGGUCGAUCGGGCUUCCGACGAGCCACACGGCGUAUAUGCUUGGCGAUAUUGUGUUCGCGCGGUUUGUCAAAUUGCGCCCACAUUCGCGAGUGCUGGCGUCGAGCACCGCCAGGAGAGUUGGGGGGGAUGAGGAGGAUGUCGGCUUGGCGCAAUCGCUUCUCGAUGACCGGUCUUUCUCAGAUGAGGUUCCGGCGCUUGCGUAUCCGGGCUUCAUGGGGCUGGAGCUUUUCGAAAUGGGGCUGGGCGGGGCGGAGGUGUCGUGGCCGCAAUGGGAGGGGGAGAUGUAUUCGUCGACGUAG